GAAAGGAUUCUGAGCAAAGGGGUGACUUUCUCCUGUAGUGUGACUCUCGCUGCUAUAGCUGGGAACAACUAUAGAUUGUCUUUGAAGGGAAGUUCCAAUCAUACCAGCCUAGCCCCUGUGAAAGCCUUUGGUUGGAUUUGUGGAUUUCUACUACACAUACUGCAGAUUUCUGUUUUGGCAUCUCAGCACUUGGGAUAACUUCUGAAGCCAUGAAUUCUGAAACCUCCAGAUGUGACGUAAAAUGAACUCUUGAUUUUAUGUUGCUGGAAACUUGUUUCUCUAAAACACUGUGAUUUCUUUAAGACUCAACUUGGGAAGGAACCACAUGGGGGAAAUGAAUCUUUAACUGUCUAAGCAAGAGCCUCCUGACUUAACAAGUAAGACCGCUUCUGACCCUGACCAUGUACCCCAACCCUCUCAUCUACUGUACCUGCUGGGACCCCUGGAACUUGGGUCCACGGAAGCUGAUCAAGACCCCUCACCAGCUCCCAAAAACCUCUACAGGGAAGUCUAAGCUGACUCUUCCUGCAGCAGCUUUAAAAGACCAGAACCACCUCCUGACCCAACCAACAAAGCCUACUGUUUCCCCAAAAGAGAAAGUCCAUUUAAGAAAUCAAGAGGAAGGUAGUAAAUUACUUCAUGAAGUAAUCAACAUGUCACCUGGCUAUCAACUCAUUCAAAAUCAGGAGCAGAUUUCAGUCACCUUGGGAGACGAGAUGUUCAAUAGGAAAAAGCAGUUGGAAUCUGACAUCUUGAACAAAGUCAUGUUUUCCAGGACUGAUAUCAUUUCUGACCUUGAAGAGCAGAUCUCGGAGCUGACAUCAAUAAUAGAACAAAUGAACAGAGACCACCAGUCUGCCCAGAAAUUGCUCUCCAAUGAGAUGGAUGUCCGCUGUGCUGAGAUGAAAGAGAACUUUGAAAACAUAAACAGGGAGCUCAAAAAGACUCACAAAGUGGAGCUUGGGCAGUUAGAGAACAGCUACAAAGAAGCUUUGAAGGCUGAGAAGGCUGCUGCCCAAGAGAAACUAGAGGAGAUGGGAAAAAAAUAUAAAUAUUUGAAGAAUAUGUUUCACAUAUACCAGGAUAGCAUUUAUGAUGAAAUGGAAGAUAAGUGGGCAAGGCGGAAAGCAGAGUGGGAGAAGGACAAGAAGUUGGAGCGGGAAAGAAUCCUCCUACAGCAAAAACAUAAGAUGACAAAAAAGUUUGAGCUAGAGUCAGAAGAAGAAAAGAGGAAAAUAAAUGAAUCCUACAGUGCUGUCUUUGAGAACUUCAUUCGAGAGAAAGAGGACCUCAUGAAACAACAUGAGAAUGAUAUGUUGCAAAUACAGGAGCUGAAAAGGACCAAAGAGAUCUUGGAGGAAGAGUUGCAUGCACAAGCUAUUAUCCUGGAGUCACUUAACACGAACCUUUACCACAACCAGCUGGAACUCCAGAGAGAGAAAGCUUUGGUGGGAAGUCUGGAGAAAAUGUUCCAGAUCAAGCUUGCUGAAGCUGAAGAAAAAUAUAAGUACACCAUACAGCUCCUGACAGAAGAAAACAUUAACCUAAGGCAAAAGAUGAAUGCCAGUAACGAGGAAACUUGUGAAGAAAGAUCUGAAAAGUCAACGUCUGUUACUCCUGGCUUGUAUGAGUCUGGCAUUUCAGGGCACAGUAGCAACAAGAGACAAGCACUGUAAGGAAGAGGCAGGGCUGACGGCUGUGGAGCGGGGAAGCACCUCGGAAGCUUUCUUGAGAUAUUCAUAUGAACAGAUCUCUGUUGACUAUAAGAAGCCUCAGUCCCAGGAUCAGAUUUGAUUUCCUUCCUUCGCAACCUGUGUACCUCACUAUGUUCUGCAUAUUAUCAUCUGGCCCCCAUAAAUACCUCCGUGCCCCCCACCCCCGCUGCCAUAUGCUCUGUCUAAAUUGGCAUUGCGUCUGUGGAUUCAUCUACAGUACAACCAAACCAGCCAAGUAAAAGUCUCCUGCAACCACCUCCACCCCUUUGUCACCAAGAUGUCUUAGCAAUCUUGUUUGGCAACCUCUUCAUCGAUCUCUCAGCUGACACCAGAACCCUGCAGGAUUUGUGGCCUGUGUUACAAAUGAAAACAGCGCACCUAAGUUAUGGUUCACUCUUCACAUGCCAUGGCAAAGUCUUGUUCUGCAUAGA